UAUUUAAUCGUAUUUCGUUAUCAAAACAGUGAUUUCACCAUGAACUGAAAUAGAACAUGAACUGAUGUUUGCGAGUCGUCAGUUUGCUGCUUUAUCCACAUUUAAAUUAGGCAAGCCCGUUCGAUUUCUUGGGCUGCCAAUCAAUGGAAAACCGGAAAAGCUGAAACCUCUGCUGCCUGAUCCCACGUGUGAACCAACUACCAAGAUAACAUAUCGGGUCUCCUGUUUGGAACACCCAAAGAAAAAUAAUUUUGUUGAAACACAGUUGUUUUGGAGCUGGUAUCAUCGAAAGUGCAGAUAUUUUGUAGCUCUUCUGAGACCAAUCAUUCAUGAGAAAACUUUUAAGAAGAUGAAUCGAGUGUGUCGAAAGGAAAUAGAUCCUCCCGAAUCUGUUAGAGGAAUGACAACGCUGGACAAAAGUCGUUUCAAGAAGACGGCGAAAAUUCUGGGCAUCCGUGUUCCAGUUAAAAGUAUGAACGUCUUCAGUAAGAAAAUGAAAAACACUUUGCUAAGAAUUCCCCAGAUUCGACCAAUCGCGGAAGUUGCUGAAGACGACAUUGCUAAAAAAGAUGUUAAACUAGCACUGUUGGACCCAGAAAAGUAUUCUAGUAUCAGUGACUUCAAAGAGGAGGAAAAAACACAGCUGCAAGACAUGGGCAUUGAUUUGUCUUCCAUUAAACACUAUGAAAUUGACCUAGGUUAUGACAACUGGAAUACCUCUGAGAUCCUCAAAGCUGUUUUACCAACGGACUAUGACAACGUUUCAGGAUUUAGUACCAUUGGUCAUAUUGCUCAUCUCAACUUAAAGAAUGAACUGUUGGAUUACAAAUACUUCAUUGGUGAAGUCAUUCUAGACAAAAUCAAAACAGUCAGUACAGUUGUCAACAAAUUAAACACCAUAGACAACACUUUCAGGAAUUUUCAGAUGGAACUUUUGGCUGGAGAGGAAAAUUAUGUGACCGUUGCCAAAGAGAAUGGUUGCAACUUUGAAAUGGAUUUCUCUAAAGUUUACUGGAACUCACGCUUGUCCACUGAGCAUUCCAGGAUCGUCACCCUUUGCCCCAAAGACUCGGUGGUUUAUGAUGUGUUUGCUGGGGUCGGACCAUUCACAGUGCCACUGAUGAGAAAAGGAUGUACUGUGCUAGCCAAUGAUCUUAACCCAGAAUCUUUUAAAUGGCUCAAUAUUAACAUUAAGCAGAACAAAGGGAAAGGGCACGUCACUACAUAUAAUAUGGAUGGGAGAGACUUCAUCCAAAAUGUUGUGAAAACAGACCUGAUUUCUCGGUGGAAAGACUCUGUGAAGGAGGAGAAAGCCACAGAUUUCCGCGUGGUGAUGAAUCUGCCUGCCAUAGCUGUGGAAUUUCUCGAUGCUUUUCUGAACAUUGGCUGUGAACUGUCAGGAGAGUGUAGGGCAAGCACGUUUGUGACAAUGCCUCAGGUGUUCUGCUACUGUUUUACCAAGUCUGAGGAUGCUCAGAGCGACAUUGGUGGCCGUGUCAAGAGCGUGAUCGGAGACGACCCAGACUUGAACCUGGAUUUGUUCUUUGUCAGAAACGUAGCCCCGAAUAAAGACAUGUAUCGUAUAUCAUUCCUACUUCCAAGGACAGUCGUGUUUAGAAGUGAACAGAUCCAGACUGAUCAGAACUCAGAUUCAGGUCCCAUGACUAAGAAGCAGAAGACGAGGUGAUGUUAUCCAUGUUUGGCGACAGAAACCUCUGGACAAUCCUGGAUUGUUUUAAGAUGAAUACAGCAUGAAAUUUUUAAUUAGCUUUUCAAGGAAAUGGACAUGGAAUUAGGAGCUGAUUUUGUGCUUGAUUUUACAAUGUCUUAGUGGUUGUACCUCUGUAUUUAA